AUGCGAGUUGUUUUGGAUUUCGUUGCAGUUAAUUUUGUGCAAGUCGAACUGAAGUGGAUAAAAAGAAUACAACAGGAAAAACUGUCCAUAGCUUAA